AACAACAGUGAAACAAAUACGUGGUGCGUCAUUCCGGCCGGGCGUUCAAUAGAAAAACCAAAGCGCAAAUUGAUUUUUAGCCAAAUAAAUAUACAAACAAUUUGGAAGAAACUGGAUGCACGUGAAUCUCCGCCUAUACGCCCACAACAGAGAACAGUGAACGCCUCCUCCGACCUCUCCCCACAAGUGUUUUUAGAGAAAUCGUUAAAACUGCCGCUCCAAAUCAUUCGCUGCGAUGGCCACCUCAUCGAUACUCGCCAACACCAACAACACAAUUAACACAUCACAGGCACCUACCUCCCCGCCAGCCACGCCCCUGAUCACCUCGACGCUGACCACGCGGAAACGAACCUACGAGACGGCCAUUGCCAUGCCCGCCUCUGCAUCCGCCUCCACCUCACCAUCAACGUCGCCCACCACCAUUGUGGUGGAUGCCAAAGAUCAGCGCACAACUAGCCGCAGUCCUCAAUCGCCCGCCAAAGCCAAGUCCAAUGGCCAGCUGGAGAGUGUCGUCGUGGAUGGUGCCACAGAGCCCACCGCCUCAGCCACCACGCUCAGGGACAGCACGCGCACCAUCUCACAGUGCGAACCGGACGAUGACGGUGAGGCUACCGCCGCCGAGGACACCCUGCCCGCCGCUACGUCAACGGCGGAUUAUCUCAGCGGAGUGAAGCGUAAAUACGUGCCACAGCCACAGGCGCCUCCGGUCAUAGAUGCGUCCACAUCGCAGCAAUUCUUUAGCGGCGCAUCUGACUUUGCGACCAUUUGCAAGCCUGCGCCAUUUUCCUGCGACGAGGAGGCCAUGCUAGAGCGUGAUCGCUGCGACUACGCCCAUCGCAUCACCUAUCAAAUGGCCCGGUCCGGUCAGACGAAUCGUCGGGUGCGCGUCUAUGCUGAUGGCAUCUACGACUUGUUCCAUCAGGGUCAUGCCAGGCAGCUGAUGCAGGCUAAGAACAUCUUUCCCAACGUCUAUCUAAUUGUCGGAGUGUGCAAUGACGAGCUAACGCAUCGCAUGAAGGGACGCACUGUGAUGAAUGGCUUUGAGCGGUACGAGGGUGUGCGUCAUUGUCGUUAUGUGGAUGAGAUUGUUCAGAAUGCUCCCUGGACACUGUCCGAUGCGUUCAUUGCGGAUAACAAAAUAGAUUUCGUAGCCCAUGACGACAUUCCCUAUGGAACCCAAGGCAUGGACGAUAUCUACGGGCCGCUGAAGGCACGCGGUAUGUUUGUGGCCACCGAGCGCACUGAGGGUGUGUCCACCUCGGACAUUGUGGCGCGCAUCGUUAAGGACUACGAUUUGUAUGUUCGUCGCAAUCUGGCACGCGGCUAUUCCGCCAAGGAGCUGAACGUUUCAUUUCUUUCCGAGAAAAAGUUCCGUCUGCAGAAUAAAAUGGAUGAACUGAAGUCACGAGGCAAGCGGGAGCUGACCAAAGUGAAGGGCGACAUCAUCACCAAGUGGGAGGAGAAGUCGCGCGAGUUUAUCGACACGUUCCUGCUUCUCUUUGGACGCGAGCGUCUGAACCAUCUGUGGAACGAGUCAAAGGGAAAGCUGAUACAGGCCCUGAGUCCGCCCGGCAGUCCCUCUGGAUCGGUCAAUGGUGACGAGCUCGAGGGCGACGAGGACGAAACAGAGUGCAGCGAUGAGUACUUGGAGCUGUCGGCGGAAUACAGUGCGGCGAGCAGUAGUUCCCUCAAUGGCAAGCAUAAGAAGCGAUCCGCUCUGGCACGUCGCAGCUACCAGGACACGUACGAGAACGAUGACGAUGAUGAUGAUGACGAUGACGAUGAGACGGAGGUCGUGGAACAGAAUGUGGAGUUUGAGCGACGUUCGGCCAAUUGAGGCGAAUGAUUUUAGAUUUUGGAACUAGCCUGAACUUUUUCGCCCUCUCUUUUCCUAUCUCUAAAGGGGAUCCGAGAGGGAAACGUCCCUCCUCGCAGGCUCAUCCAGAUUCACCUAUACUUACACAUAGCUCUAAACGGUAUCUGUAAUCCCAUUAGUCUUUAGUUUUCAAUCGCUUUCACUCGGCUAUUCCUCACUCUUAAUUGCCACUCCCAUACCCUCACCACCGGGACCCAUCAGAUCCUUUAGCUAAUUUUAGCCAAAUGGAGUGAAGGCGCACAGCACGAUACACCAUUCACCGAUUCCCGAAACCCGCGACUCGCAAAAUGUAUAUGGGGCUUACAUUAUUGGAAAAAAGAAAACCAAUGCAGAAAAGACUCAUUUUUGUAUUAAGCACUCGGCCACAGAGAUUGUUGUUUGUGUGCGUGCAGCAGCAGCAGCAGCAGAUGAAUAGUAGGAGAUACCGGAAAUAUCUAGAAAUAUUUAUAUUAAAUUAUUUCACACACACUAUAACUAUAAGUUAAACAAAAAACACCAACUUCAUAGAAAAAACCAAAACGCAUUCAACACACAAAGAAUAGUAACAUGAUGCAACACAUGGCAAUAUCGGAAUUAUUGCAAAUGCUUUGUUAAAUAUUUUUUGAAAAUAAAACCUUGAAUCGAAAGAAAAA